GUCAUGGGGAACAGUUCGGAGGUGGUGUUCCUGCUGGGCGGGCUGAAUGAGACUGAGGCUUCCAGGUGUGUGUUCUUCUUCCUGGGGCUGCUCAGUUACCUGUUCACCGUGUGGGUGAGCCUGAGCCUGGUGGUCUCGGUGAUCCUGGAGAAGAUGCUGCACGAGCCCAUGUACGUCUUCCUGUGUAACCUGUGCCUGAACGGCGUCUACGGGGCGUCCAGCUUCUACCCCAAGCUGCUGCACGACCUGCUGGCCGACGCCCACGUCAUCUCCUACGCCGCCUGCAUGGCCCAGAUCUUCGCCGUGUACUCCUACGUCUUCUGCCAGUUCACCAACCUCACCGCGAUGGCGUACGACCGCUACGUGGCGAUCUGCCGGCCGCUGCAGUACCGCGCCGUCAUGACGCCGCAGAAGGUGGCGCGGCUGCUGCUGCUCACCUGGAGCUUCUCGCUGCUGGAGACGGCGGUGGGCGUGGCCCUGACCUGCCGCCUGCCCAUCUGCGGCGUCCGCAUCGACCGGCUGUUCUGCUCCAACUGGGCGGUGGUGCGGCUGUCGUGCGCCGACACCACGCUCAACAACGUCUACGGCUUCGUGCUGAUGCUGUCCCACGUGGCGCAGACCGCCCUCAUCCUCGUGUCCUACGUGCACAUCGUGCGCGCCGCGCUCAGGUCGGCGGCGGGCCGCAGGAAGUUCAUGCAGACGUGCCUGCCUCACCUGAUCACGCUGCUCAACUUCACCUUGUCUCUGGUGGUGGACAUCAUGUACGCGCGGUACGGCGGCGGCGGCGGCGGCGGCGUGCUGCAGAACAUCCUGGCCGUGGAGUUCCUGGUGGUUCCUCCUCUCAUCAACCCCGUCAUCUACGGCAUGAACCUGCAGCAGAUCCGCCGCCGGCUCGCCCGAACCUUCAGCCGCAAGGUGCACCUUCUGACCUGA